AUGCGAAACGGCAGUGGCGAGCCCAUGCACGGUGUGUUUGUGCAGAGCGAGUCACUGGCUGCGCUAGAGACUGAGCUGAACGUGAUCAAGAUGCAGAUCGACAUUGUUGGCGGCAAGCAACCAGAGGUGAUCUGGGUGGACACUGUGGAGGGCUACAGGGCCACCCUGAAAAAAGUGUGGCCAGAUGCUGCCAUCAAGCAAGACAUCUUUCAUGUGAUUAACCGCUACAACGACAAGAUCCCCGAGAACCACGCCAUGCGCUGGGUGCUGCCUGCGGCGGCGGCGUACAGGCUGGCGCACAACAUGGCGCCCGCUGCAGAGGUGUUGUACAACACGCCACAGUUCUGUGCCUUCUUCAGGCGCAAGGGCCUGCGCUGGUGA